GGAGCAAGAGGUGAGAAAACUAUAUAUAACCAAAAGACAGAGAGCUCUAGUUUCUCCGCCGUUUCAAACCCCAAACCCACAAUCACAAAUCUCCCUUGUCUUCCACAACAAUGGCCGAGAACACUGAAAUCGUAAACAAACAAGAUUCCCCUCAAAAACCCAUCAACUUGUUCACUCUUUUCUCCAACUUUAAGCCUCAAUUUCCAUUCUGGAAGCAGCAACAACCAAAACCAGUUGAACAUGAAGCUAGUAGCACUGAUUCUCAGAAACCAGUCUCUGUGAGGUUCCCAAAAGCCCAACCUGUCGUUCCCACUGUGGCUUCUGAGGUUGAAGAACCCAUGACCAAGACUUCCCAUCCCAUUAUAGUCUGGCAGGUAUACGCUCUUGGAGGGUUUCUGGUUUUGAAGUGGAUAUGGGCAAGAUGGCAAGAAAGAAAGGAUCAAAAGGAGGAUGGAAAAGAAGAGUCUUCUGAUGAUGAACAAUCAUCUGUUGAUGAAUAGCCUUUUCAUAUGCAACAGCUGAACCUUUUAUGUUAAAAUGGCGUAUUCAGAAUGCAAGUUACUUUCUAGAUUCAUGAUAUAGCGGAAUUAGCACAUCUAAACUUAUGGUUUGUAAAGAAAUUGUUAAAUUCCUGUAUGUUUGGCCUUUUUUUUUUGGCUGUACUUCUUCAAAUUCUUUUCUUACUAGUUAUCUAUUGCACUACAGUCGACUCAACAUCAG